UUUCGAUCAAACCAAGUCAAGUCAAGGAUGCAGAUUUUUGUCAAGACUUUAACCGGAAAGACUAUUACGCUUGAAGUUGAGGCGUCUGACACGAUUGAAAAUGUUAAGGCCAAGAUUCAAGAUAAGGAGGGCAUUCCGCCGGAUCAACAGCGUUUGAUCUUUGCCGGUAAACAAUUGGAGGAUGGACGCACUUUGGCUGAUUAUAAUAUCCAAAAGGAGUCUACACUUCAUUUAGUUCUCCGUCUUCGUGGUGGAAUUAUUGAACCGUCUCUUCGUCAAUUGGCCUCCAAAUAUAACUGCGAGAAGCAAAUCUGCCGUAAGUGUUAUGCUCGUCUUCCUCCACGUGCUACCAAUUGUCGUAAACGCAAGUGUGGCCAUUCCAACGAUUUGCGCAUUAAGAAGAAAAUUAAAUAA